CCGUGGAUGGUACGUUCCGCACGUGAGCUGGGUGCUGGUCUGGCCGGCGACGCGCGUGCCCUGUGGCCAAACACUGCCCGGAGUGAGAGCAAACUCCCAGCGCAGUGGGGCCGCGCGAGUGUGCGCGUGUGCGCGCGUGUGUGCGAGCGAGCGAGCGCGGGGCGGCGGGGGGCCAACUGCUUCACACUUUCCACACUGCACGGAAGAGAGAGAGCCAGAGAGACUGGAGACGCACAGGUCCCCCCAAGAUCUUCUGAGGCUACCGUCCCACAGAUCGUAUAGAGCAGAGCCCCAAAAAUCGAAGCAGGGGGAAACGACAGCGUUUAAACAUGGACGAAGGAAUCCCUCAUUUGCAAGAGAGACAGUUACUGGACCAUAGGGAUUUUAUAGGACUGGACUAUUCCUCUUUGUAUAUGUGUAAACCCAAAAGGAGUAUGAAGCGAGACGACAGCAAGGAUACCUACAAAUUGCCGCACAGAUUAAUAGAAAAGAAGAGAAGAGAUCGAAUUAAUGAAUGCAUUGCCCAGCUGAAAGAUUUACUACCUGAACAUCUGAAACUGACAACACUGGGGCAUCUGGAGAAAGCGGUAGUCUUGGAAUUGACUUUGAAACACUUAAAAGCUUUAACAGCCUUAACCGAGCAGCAGCAUCAGAAGAUAAUUGCUUUACAGAAUGGGGAGCGAGCUCUGAAAUCGCCCAUUCAGGCCGACUUGGAUGCGUUCCACUCGGGAUUUCAAACAUGCGCCAAAGAAGUCUUGCAAUACCUCUCCCGCUUUGAGAGCUGGACACCCAGGGAGCCGCGUUGCGUGCAGCUGAUCAACCACUUGCACGCCGUGGCCACCCAGUUCUUGCCCACUACGCCGCAGCUCUUGACGCAACAGGUCGCGCUAAGCCAGGGCCCCGGCGCGCCCUCGGCCGCCCCCGCGGGGCCCUCGGCCGCCCCUUGCCUGGAGCGCGCGGGGCCCAAGCUGGAGCCGCAGGCGCACUGCGUGCCGGUCAUCCAGCGGACUCAGGCCAGCGCCGAGCUCGCCGCCGAGAACGACACGGACACGGACAGCGGCUACGGCGGCGAGGCGGAGGCCCGGCCGGAGCGCGAGCCGGGCCCGGGCGCCCCGGGCGCCCCGGCGGCGCGCGUCACCGUCAAGCAGGAGCCCCCCGGGGAGGACUCGCCGGCGCCCAAGAGGAUGCGGCUGGACGCGCGCGGCGGGGGCGUGGGCGGCGCGCUCCUGGGCCCCGACCCCGCGGCCGCGCUGCUCAGGCCCGACGCGGCGCUGCUCAGCUCGCUGGUGGCGUUGGGCGGGGGCGCGCCGUUCGCGCCACCCGCCGCCCCCUUGUGCCUGCCCUUCUACUUCCUCUCGCCGUCCGCCGCCGCCGCCUACGUGCAGCCCUGGCUGGACAAGAGCGGCCUGGAGAAGUAUCUGUACCCUGCGGCCGCGGCCGCCGCCCCGUUCCCACUGCUCUACCCCGGGCUCCCCGCCGCUGCCUUCCCCUGCCUGUCCUCCGUGCUGUCGCCGCCUCCGGAGAAGGCGGCCGCCGCCGGCCUCCCGCCGCGCGAGGGGGCGCCCCCCGCGGCGCUGCGCCCCGAGCCCCCUCGCGCCCGCGCCCACCUGCGCCCCGAGAGCACCGCCCAGGACGACGCCCCGCAGCCGCAGCCGCAGCCGCAGCCGCAGCCACAGCCGGGGAAGGCCGGGCCCUGA